AUGGAGGGUUAUCAACCAAUGAGGCUUGACUUUCCAGUAGAAGACAUCUUUUUUCUCAAAGAUUAUGAGAUUUUAGGCCCCGACGAAGGACCUGAACCAGGAUCGCAAUGGACACUCAAGUUCGACGGUGCUUCAAACACUCAAGGUCAUGGGAUUGGGGCAAUUAUCACUUCUCCAACUAGAUUUCACCUUUCAUUCACUACAAGAUUAUGUUUUGAUUGCACCAACAAUAUGGCAGAAUAUGAAGCAUGUAUCUUUGGCAUUGAAUCAACCAUUAAUCUGAAAAUUAAAAUCCUCAAAGUUUAUGGAGAUUCAGUUCUAGUAAUCAGUCGGAUAAAGGGAGAUUGGGAAACUCGGGAUAACAAGCUAAUUCCAUACAAGAAGCAUAUCAUGAAAUUAAUUCCCUACUUUGAUGAAAUCACUUUUCAUCAUAUCCCUAUGGAAGAAAAUUGGCUAGACAAUGCUUUGGCUACCUUGGCAUCCAUGUUCAAGGUUAAGGGGAAAAACAAAACACCUUCUAUUCAAAUUGAACACCUAGAUGAGCCUGCAUAUUGUCUAGAAACUAAGACAGAUUCUGAAGAUCAACCUUGGUUCUAUGACAUUAAAAGGUAUCUAGAUAAAUAA